AGAAUAUUGAGGAACAAUAACCCCGAAAUUACCUUAGCUGAAAUUGUAUUGUGCUUUGAAAGACAAGGAAUUAAUCUCAUAGAUUUUCAUAAGCCAACGUUUUCUGUAACAACUCUGCCUCGUUACACAUUGAAUCUUUUUGAAGGAGACCUUUCGAAGUUGGAGAGUCCAUCAGAUAUUUUUAGCAGCUCUUCUCAUCUAAUGUCCUUACCUAUUUGCAAGUUUUAUCAUUUGAAUAAAACAUGCAGGUUUGGUAAACAUUGUAGAUACGCCCAUUCCAGUGAUAGACCUCCAUCCUUAAUAACAAAAAUUAAUCAUGAAGAAUUGUUAAAAGACCAAGCUUCACCUGUGCCAGCUUUGAAAGAGUCUAACCCAGAAUCUCAAAUAGCCUGUUGCUUGAACAAAAAUGAAACUUCAAUAAGCAGAGAUCACCUGGAUGAGAAAAGCACUGAGGAUUCAACACAUCCCACAAAUGAAACAGAGAAUACGUAUAGAAAGGAAAAUGCAGCUAUAAAUAGAGCCUCAAACAAUAAACCCACUCGCAAGCCUCUUUGCCACUACUUUCUUUCCUAUGGAAACUGUAGAUAUGGAAAUGAUUGCAGAUUUUCCCACCAGCUACCAAAGUAUGAUGAUAAGCGAAAUAAUGGAUCAAGGCAGAGACAGAGGAAGGAACAUGAAGUUGCUCCUCGCUUCAGACAAGACAAGAUGCAAAAUGUUCCAGAAUGUGUAAAUGAUGAGACAAUUCCUAAUGCUAAUGAAAUUCCAGCUCUUGUGACUGGGCAGGGGUCUCAAAAUCCCCCUAAGAGACCCAGCUCCAAGAAUGUCAGGCCGGAGGAUGAGAACCAAAAGAUUUGCCCAUAUUUUCCUUCAGGUCGAUGUUGGCGUGGGGAACGCUGCAGGUUUAAACAUCUUUCAGAUUUGAAAUCUGAAUAUGACUCUAACUCAGAGAAUAAGCAUUACAGAAGAGAGGUAUAUAGAAAAGGUCACAAUGACAAAUCCAAAUCACAGGAACCAACAAGAAACCAAAGAGAUGUUAGGGAUGAUAAUCGGCAGACUGUAUCGAGUGACAGACCACAAUAUGAAACGAAAAGGCGGAUCAUCUCAAGGCCCCUUGGUGUUAAACAGAUUUUCACAUAUAGUGAGUUAGAAGAUGUAGGAUUGGCUAAAGUCCGAGAGAUGGAAAUAAACAUAAUCAAGAAGCGAUUUCCAAAAGAUAAGAUUUCUAUCAAUGAUGGAGAAAAAUGGACAGCAAGGUUAAGCUUUUCUCCAACAGAUCCAGACUGGGUGAGCUGUUAGAUACAUUUGUAUUUAUAAGCUUAUUGGGUUUUUUUUUUAAGUUUUAAAAAUCUUAGUAUGGACAACCUUUUGUUUUUCAUUUGUACGGGUACCAAGGAAAUAGCUUUCUAUUUAAAACUCAAAAUUUAAGAAUGCAUCUUUAUAAUAUGGUAAUAUUAUGUUGAAAAAGUGUUUAAUUUAUAAAAAUGUGUUACUUAUAUUUGAAUUCUUUCAUUUACAGCCAUUUGAUGUUUCUGUUUUUGAGCUUCUUUUUGGUGUGCCAGAAGAUUAUCCAAAAAAGGUUAGAGUUUAUUAGCUUCACAAAAAUGCUGGACUAUAUUUUUUAAGCAGAAAAACAAAUAUCAAAAUAAUUCUCUUAAUUAAAACCUUAUACUGUUUGUUGUUAAGAGGAACACGUUUUCUAAAGAACAUAUAAAGAAUAUGGGCAUAGAAGAAAAGAGAGGCAUAUUUGAAGCUUAAGAAAUAUAGAAAACGAUUUAUUUUUUAAAAUGUUGAUUGUAUUAUGUGUGUUUUUGUAUUAAUAAUCUUUUUAAUUGAUUCUUUCCAAUCUAAUCAGUUGAUGACUAUCACACUACCUGUUGACCAGGAUUUGCCAGAAACUGUUAGAAGGUAUAUUAUAACCAUUUUCUUAAAACAAUGACAUAUGUAGCUUAGAGUACCGUAAUUAUAAUAAUUUACUCAUGCCACUUUAAAAAAACAGCAGAAAUCUGUUUUUUAUGUUAAACUUCUAUAAAGACUUUGAGGAAAAUAUAGUUUGUUACUUUGGUUAUUUUAUUUUGUUGAAAUUAUGGUAAAAUUAACUUUCUCUCAAGAAACAAAGGAUUGAACUUAUUCACUGUUUUAAUUUUUUUUCUGCAUCAGAUAUGUUGAAAUCAGCAUUAAGGAAUGGCUUGAGGAUAAAAAGGAACAGCUAUCUUCAGCUGGUAAAGUUGAGCUAGUUUUUAGGCCAUUCCUCCGCUGGUUCGACAGAAAUAUUGAAGAUAUUACAACAGAAGCUCUUCAACAGGUAAUUAGUUUAAGGACACAAUAAAUUUAUAAGGUUACUCCCAUUUUGUUUUUAAAAAAUUCUUUGUUUGAAGUACGAUAUGGUAUUUUGUAUUUUUUGCUUGCCUUUAAAUUUGAUGCAACCUGUGUUGGUUAGUAAGUAUAACAAUAUGGUUACAAUUUUUUUUUUCAGCUGAAACGAGAACUUUUAGCCAAGGCUGCUGGGUUUGAAUUCAUACCAGCCAAUAGGUUGAAGGACAGAUUCCGCACCAAAAGUGAAUCAAGUGAAGAACAUGAACACAGCCUGUCGGAGAGUGAGCAGAGAGGAGGAGGCAGUGGCGACGAAGAUGAUUCCAGCGAGGAAGAGGAUGAUUCCAGCAAUGAAAGCACAACGGAUGAAAAUAAUGAUGGAGGGGCGAAUGUGUCACUAAGUCUUGAUCCAGAUAAAAAGGGCACAGAGCUAGCCCUGCAGCACCUGCAGCUCAGAGAAAAUGCUUCUGCCCUUAUGUUUGAGACACUGAAACUCAUCCUUCAAUGCCAGAGGUGCAAGAGCCAUUCUGAACUGCAUGUACCCCAGAACAAGGUGAUGUCCCUCAGGUGUGAAAAGUGCAACCAGAACCAGUUUGUUAACUACCGUCCUGCACUGAUCCAUCAGUUUUCCUCAGUGGUUGGUUAUCUGGAUGUGGAUGGAUGCCAGGCUUUUGAUUUAAUUUUCCAAGACUGUAGACUGGUUGUCACUUGCUUGGGUUGUAGCAAGCCAACAAGAAUCAAUGUGAGUAAAGCAGAUUUAAAUUGUUUGUUUCAUUGGACACCAGUAAAAUAAAAUUCCAUAAGACAAAUUAUUUUAUCAUAAACAUCGAUUGGGUUAUUGUAUAUUUUUUUUCCCACAGGGGCUCGUCACAGGGCAAAUGAUUGAUGGGUGGUGCCAGGCCUGUAAUGCCAGAUUCAAACUAGCAACCGAGUCUGUUAAAUUUUCCCAAUUUGUCCCAUCAGGAAUCGACACAAGUGAGUUUCAAUACAUUUUAAAACUUGGUGAAAGGUUAAUGAGAUUAAGACAUUUUUUCACAUUUAAAAUAAGUUACUUUUACUUUCCAAAGCUUUCAUUUAAUUUACCAACUAGUAACAUUUACGAUUUAGUAAUGAAAAUAAUCUUAAAACAUUUUUUUAUCUUCAAAUUUCAAGCCGUUAAAUAACUGAACAUCUUAUCAUUUUUAAUUACAAGAGCAUAGCACUAAGGAUAGUAAUUUUAUAUCAAAGUUUGGAUUCAGUUCAUGUUAUCUCAGUAAAUAUUCUAUAAUCAGCCAAUAAAGUAGUUGAAGUUCCUUCAACUAAAACUAAAAAACCACCCAAGGAUCCAGCCAUUCGAGAGGGCUGCCCUCUACCAGAGUUUGGAACUUGCAAGCACUAUAAGCACAGUUACCGCUGGUUGAGGUUUCCUUGUUGUGGGAAGGCAUACUCUUGUGAUGUCUGCCAUGAUAAGAAAGAGGAUCAUGAGAUGAUACUGGCUACCAGAAUGAUCUGUGGACACUGCUGCAAGGAACAGGUUAUUUUUUUUUUGUAA